GAAGAAGAAGAAGAAGAAGAAGCAGCAGCAGAAGAAGAAGAAGAAGAAGAAGAAGAACGCCUUUGCUGUACAUGUUUAUAUUUGUUUUUAUUGAAUCACCUCAGACCUGAAACCCGAGGAUCAUUCAGACCAGACUCCAUUCAAAAUCUGUCAACUUUAAACUUGUGCCCGGACCUGACUAAGAACACAGGAAAGUCCAGACUGGAAGAAAGUCUCCAUUAAAAACCUGAAGUGCUCAGGUCCUUCUAGUCCAGCGUCCCUGUUGUCCCUGUUGUCCCUGUUGUCCCUCCAGUCCACUCUGUUCUUCACGUAAACUCCCAGACCGGCGGCCAUGUUGAAACCUCUGAGGAUCCUCCUCACUGUCCCAAGACGUCCUCUGAUACGAUGCUGCUCCGGAUUCAUCUCCAGGACGAGGUUCGUCAACAGGCUGAAGGAGGAUGAUGCUGCCUGUGCUGCUGCCCUCCAGACUGGAACCAUCUUCCUCUUCCAUCAACUCUCUCCUCUGCUGCAGCGCAACAACUCAGGAACCUUCAGACCAGCUGCUCUCACCUGCUCAGAUGUGGAGUCGGUCCUUCAGAGACUCGGGUCUCGUGGAUCCCUGCUGGAAGAGUCGGUUCUGAUUGGUUGCUCUGAUCAGAACCAGGCUCAGUUCUGUCUGGAUGUUGGAGAACUGGACCAGGCUGCAGUAGAGGAAGAGUGUGAGGGAACCUUCGUCGACCUGAGGAAAGCUUUCUUCCUGCUGGCAGGAGCUGAGGCGCCUCUAGUGGCCAAGGGUCAGGCUCUGCUCCGCUGGCAUCAGACCAGCAGAUUCUGCAGCUCCACGGGUCAACCCACCCACCGGAACCAGGCCGGCAGCCAGAGGGUCUGCAGCAGCAGCUCCAUCAUCUACUACCCCAAGAUGUCCCCGGUGGUGAUCGUCCUGGUCUCUGAUGGGAAACGGUGUCUGUUGGGACGUCAGUCGUCCUUCCCUCAGGGGAUGUACAGCGCUCUGGCUGGAUUCUGUGACAUGGGGGAGAGUCUGGAGGAGGCUCUGUGCAGGGAGGUGGCGGAGGAGGUGGGCCUGGAGGUUCAGGGCGUCUCCUACAGCUCCUCACAGCAUUGGCCUUUUCCUCACAGCUCCUUCAUGCUGGGCUGUCAUGCCUCCGUUAGCCCCGCCCACUCUCAGCUGAGCGUGGACCACUCGGAGCUGGAAGACGCUCGCUGGUUCACUCUGGAGGAAAUCACCUGCGCCCUGAAGGUGAAGACUCCUCCCAGGAGAGGCCACGCCCCCGUCCUCUGGCUGCCCCCCCCCCACGCCAUCGCCUACCGCCUCAUCACAGAGUGGACACACCACCAGAGACUCAGAGAGGAUGUUCAGCCUGUGGAUGUACAGUAAAAACCCUGACGGUCUGAGCUGGACCAGAACCCCUGUGAGGACCAGAACUCUGGAUCUGGUUUUAGUUUCCUGUCUCUGGUCAGUGAGUGAGAUUCAGAGUCAGACUCUUUGAACAGAACCAGACUCCUUCAUCCUUCAUGUUUCUGUUAAUGAUGUCAUCACAGACUCUAGUUCUACACAAACACGAUGUUGUACUAGAAUGGAUUUCUGUUAACUGGUGUUCCUAAUAAAGUGGCUAGUGAGCGUCA